AUGUUUUCCAAAGAAGUCAUUACCAUACUUCUCCUCAACUCUUUCGUUGUAGCAACAGCUCCUUUUGGGGACCCUCAACCGUACAACCCAUAUGGGAGUCCACCAUCUCCCCCGGUAUUACCUGCACCAGAUUGGACCCAAACCAAAUUCUUUGAUGCUUUCAGGUUCCCAACAGAAGAUCUGACGAGAGGAUGCUGCAUGGAAGAUCAAAAGAGCAAGCUGCAAGAUGUGUUCAACGAGGUCAUGCAUCUGGCUCGGCUGGUAUAUGACUAUGUGUCGGAAGAGAUUCGGGGUGUAACUACGAAUACAGAUGUGGGAGAUCUCAUGUACUAUGUCUUCGGUGUUCACCCCAGUUACUACAUCUCCAAUCCAGAAGGGGGCGGCAGUUAUGAUGGCGGCGAAGACCCUGUCACAGCCCGAACUCCCACCGAGUUCUGGAAACUACAACAUGAGAGUGUACUUCAUGAAGGUCUCAUGGUUCUCAUAGCCAAACAUGGCAAGGGAGAUUUAUCUUGGAACGGGCUGCAAAAGAUCAGGAUCACUCGACUGUAUUGUGAUUCAAGUUGGCUUGUUCCAGAAAAGUACGAGCGGGAUGACAAGGGCGCACAGACUGCAAUCAAGUUUCCAGACGGCCAAAGAUUCUAUGACGCAGAAAGUAAUUACUUUUCUACGAUCCCUUGGGGAGGUAAAUUCGAGUUAGAAUUAGGCAUGUGUGGGCCAGUUGGUCCUGAUCCAGAGCACACCGAUGCCAUCACAGAUCUCCUGCGAAAUACCAUCACCUUCUGCCCAGAUGUUUGGAAACCUGACCACCCAGUACAGAUGCCCAUUGCAAUCGCCAAUCCUAUACAAGACACGCUCAGUCAAUAG